AUGAGGGCAAUUGAUAGCUUCCGAGUCCUUUCAUAUAUCUUCCUAGGACUCGCACAGCUCAGUCGAGCGAGUGUCUCCCAGCACACUGUCCCAAUCCUCGCGCCAAAACCGCCAGACAUCGACGCGGUCUCUUUCCUCAGUUCCCGAGCGCCAGACCAAGGCAACAUCUUCAAUGAAGCUGUCAAGAUCCUGGACUCGAUGAAAUCUUCACCCUCGUGCAACCGGCUUGCAGCGACAAAACUAGUGAAAUCGUGUCAAACAUUCAGCGAUGGCAAAGACGGAGCGCAGGCGGAUAACCCAGAGACACUCGACCUUCUUCGAUCCGUCUAUGCCGCACGCCUUGCACUGUGUGAGAUCGACGGCACAGGCACCCCGAUGCCUCCCUCAUGCCUUCCAAUCACUAUUUCGCCACCUCCACAGAAGAAUCGAUUCGGGUUUGUGGGUCGGCACAGAGGUUCUGACCCUGACUCUGAUGAAGUCCCGAAAGAAUUACUGGAGCAGUGUCUCAGGACGCUCGAGUCGCGACCGCAGUGGUGGACUUCUUACAGCAACAGUCGACAGAACGCGCUUGUGAUCUGCCAUGCCUCGCGAACGGAGAUGGAAAAAGAUGAGCUUAUUGACCUGCAUCGAUCCAUUGCUAAGAGUAGUCUCAAGCUCAACCAUGGGAUUCAAGAGGCAUUGCAGGAUGCUGCUGCACGGUCUGUGCAGCAGCAAUCAUUCAUACAAGCUGUUCAGUCACUCCAAGAAAAGAUCGUGACCGAUAUGGAGGCGACAGACUCUGUGUUCAAACGAACAUUCGGCAACUUUCUUCGAGAAAUCGAAACUGGGAUAAUGUCUCUUCAAGAUUCGAUAUCUGUGGGUUUGUCAAAUAUUCGGACUGGAACAGGGCUCCUCGAACAGGACAUCCGGAACGUAUCGAUCAAAGUGGUAGCGCUUCAACAGGCUCUACAGGUUGCACAUCAAGAUGCAAUAGCUAGAAGCCAGGAGACAGUGCUAGUCCAAGAAACCAAUGCUGUUGCCCAGAAGAAUCUCGCUUCUUCCUUACACCUGUCACUCGAGUCACUUCUGGACUCGGACAUGGACAGAGUGUAUCGAGGCAUGCAGAAAUUCGAUACUGCAAUGGAAUGGCUGACCAGCCGAAUGAACAUGAUCCUCGAGCAAGAAACCAGGAUGACAGAGCGACUUCAAAACAUGGAAACUUUUAUACAACAAUCCGAAUCAAAAGCCAGCGAGUUACAAAGGGCUCAAGACCAACAGGCAGAGGCGUUAUCUGCACAAUCGCGGGCCCAGGAGGCCAUUCAAUUCCACGCACAAGUGUCGCAAACUUUGCUGGCCAAAACUACCGUCGCUGCUGCGAAUUUGCAAUCCAUCAUCGACGAUGCAGCUUCAAAAUCUAAGCAUGUCCAGGGCUUCGGUAUUGGGGGAUCAUCCGUAUGGCCUCUCUGUGCUGUCCUAUUCAUCAUUAUCGCCGCCCAAAACAUUAAGAUUGCAGUCGCUUUAUUUUUUCUCAUUUUAGGGCACUCUGUUGCCUUGACCAUCUUCAAAUUUCUCUAG